UCUAGGUCGUCCUUGAUUUCCUUGCCCAGUACCCAGUAGAUGCCAACCAUAACGCCAUCGUCUUCCUAUUGGAGCAGCUCUGUGCCCCUGUGUGCCCCAUAGAAACGGAGAUACCACCCUUCCCUGUUCGCCUCUCUGUGUGGCGGGACCAGGAGGAGUACCUCUUUGUUCGUCGCAUCCGCGAAGUCGUAAUGUCCAACACACGUGGCUUCGGUCCGACCAUCUCUGAUGUCAUCAACUACAUCUGUACAGAGAACAACUUGACAACCGAUAUGCGACUGGAGAUGGUCUGCGAGAACCAGAUUCUGAUGCCUCAGCUCCUUCUACGGGACGUUUAUACGCACAUCUGGCUAGCAAAUCCAAAUAACGCUAACGCAGUGAUGGAGCUAGUUUAUCGAAUUCCGGGCCUGGAGGAGGACAACCUGCCCUAUGUUGAAACGAUCCCACACCCGCCCAUCCCCCCCGAGCAGUACUCCCACCUUGUCGUGCUGGCCGAGCACCCCCACGGUCUCGCCGGAAUCCUCAACCGUCUUGCCACCGUCAACGACGCUCUCAAGUGCUGCGAUCUGCUUCACGUCAGCGUGCAUUUGCUCGAGUACUGCCUCAAGGUUCCGCAGUGUCAAGCGCGUCUCGUGGACCCACAGUACCGGUAUGUUGGUCCGUGUUCAAUUCUAUGA